GCAGCAUCCUGUGUACAGUGGAGGGGAGCUGCGCUGGCAGCAGCCGAACCCGCCCCCCGGUGGUCCGUACCUGGCCUACCCCAUCCUGUCGUCCCCCCAGCCCCCCGUCUCUAACGACUACACCUACUACCAGAUCAUGCCCGCCCCCUGCCCCCCCGUCAUGGGCUUCUACCAGCCCUUCCCUGGACCCUACGCGGGCCCGGUCCAAGCGGGUGUGGUCAACCCGGUCUCAGCAGAGGUCGGCGAAAGACCGGUACCUCUCGGACCCCCAUAUGGACUGACCUCUCAGAGGGGGAGGGGCAUGGUCCGCUCUAAUGUUCUCCCAAAGCAGCCUCACCUGAGCGUGGGCCAGACUGUGAGGGGCCGCCGGCCCCCCAGCAGGAGCGUGGCUGUGCAGAAGGAGGUGUGCACCUUAGCCCCUGAUGGGAGGACCAGGACCAUCCUGCUGGUGGAUGCUGCUCAGCAGACAGACUUCCCAGGUGAGGCGUCGGGUCGGUGCAGCGCCGAGCGGGUCAGUCCUCUGAUGUGGAAGAACCGAACCAAGAGACGACGGGCGUCUCAUCAGGUGGAGAACUACAGCGAGCCGGGCGCCAGCGAGGCCGACAUCGACAGCGACAGUGGCUACUGUAGCCCCAAACACAACCAGGCUGCCGGGUCGGCCCAAAGAACCACAGAGAACACUGCAGCACCGCUGGUGGAGGCAGGUGUCAUGGCAGGAGGCAGCUGGCUAAACGUAGCGUCUCAGGCCACCCAGAAGUCCUGGAGGGACAGAACCGGCCCGUUUCAGAGGAAGAAUCCCGAGCAGAGACACCUGGCUCAGGAUUUUCUGAACGGAUAUCCAGGACGGAUCCCAGCCACCCCAUCAGAACCCAGAGUCCCUGGUACCGACCUGACUCCAGAACCUCUUUACUUCGAGGACGAGGAGGAAUUCCCAGAUCUGCGGAACGGAGGUGCAGUCCUGAUCCGCAGCAAACCAGAAUCUGCUCCUGCUCAGACCCAAACUCAACCCAAACUGCCCAAAAACCUGCUGGACGACCUUCCAGAGAACUCUCCCAUCAACAUCGUGCAGACUCCCAUCCCCAUCACCACAUCUGUCCCUAAGAGGGCCAAGAGUCAGAGGAAGAAGGCUCUGGCUGCAGCUCUGGCCACGGCGCAGGAGUACUCUGAGAUCAGCAUGGAGCAGAAGAAGCUGCAGGAAGCCUUCAUCAAGGCUGCAGGGAAGAAGAGUAAGACCUCUGUGGAGUUGGACCUGGGAGACAUGCUGGCAGCUCUGGAGAAGCAGCAGCAGGCCAUGAAGGCCCGACAGCUCACCAACACCAAGCCUCUGUCCUUCACAG